AUGUAUAGUUAUCUUAUUUUAGAAGGUGAUGGAGUUGUUGGUGGUCUGAAUGAUGGUGAAGUCGUAAUUGAUCUUCCCUCUGACAUUAUACUGUCUAAUGCUGGAGAUCCUCUUAAAACCUUUGUUGAGAAUAUAUAUCCUUCUUAUAUGGGUCCUGAAGAGUUUAGAAAUUGUUUGCAUGAUCGUGCCAUACUUGCUCCCACGCUUGAUGUUGACGAUGAGGUUAACCAGUUCAUGAUUUUGAUGGAUCAAUCUCAGGGUCGAGUAUAUUUGAGCUCUGAUAGCAUUUCAAAUUCAGAUUCCACAUCGAAUGGUUCUUCUGAGAUACAUUCAGCUGAAUUUUUGAAUAAUUUGAAUUGUUCAGGUACACCUAAUCAUGAACUGAUGUUGAAAGUUUGA